CACCCAGUCACUCGCCUUCACUCCGUCUUACUUUGUACACACACCCCCAGCAGGUGCUUUCACUUGACGUUUAGUUUGCAGUUGUGCUUUAGGCUGUGUCUUUUCAGGUUAAGUGUACUUCUGCUUAAAAGCCUGGGACAUUCUCAGGCCUCAGCCUGGGGGUUCAGCAGCAGUCAUCAGUGGGUCCUCAGGCAUCACUUAGGUGUCCCAUUUGAGACAAGUGUUGUACGGAAACCGCUCUACACCAUCUAUCAUCUUGUCAUUUGCCUUUGGAGCAUCUUUGCACUGGUAGCAGUUAUGUCAAACCCAAUGAGCAGUUUAUCAGAGGGCGCAGUGUACAGGUCCCGGAUCGGAAUGACGGAGGACUCCCUUGCCCUCUUGGAGCGUAACAGAUGCUCUGGAGAUCCCUGGGACAUAGGGGACACUAAACCAAGCAUGGAAGCUGUGGAGCGUGGGGUGCCAGGCCUUUAUCUCUCCUGCUUUGACAUGCUUCUCACUGAAGAUGCCACAUGGCUGGUGAAAGUUUCAGAGGCCUCCCCUGCGCUGGCUGUACCUAUGAAUCGCAUGGAGAGCCGGGAGGAACCCGAGCAGUGCCCAGUCAUUGAUAGCCAGGAGCAGGGACUCUCUCCUGAUCUGGAAGGGCAGGAGGAAGAGCGAUCCUUGGAGCAGGUGCAGAGCAUGGUUGUGGGAGAGGUGCUGAAAGACAUUGAAACAGCCUGCAAGCUGCUCAACAUCACUCCAGAUCCUAUCGAGUGGAACACAGGGAACGUCCAGAAGUGGCUGCUAUGGACUGAACACCUGUACAGGUUGCCCCAUGCAGGAAAGGCUUUCCAGGACCUGACAGGAAAGGAUAUGUGUGCCAUGAGUGAGGAGGAAUUUCGUCACCGCUCACCACAGUGUGGAGACACGCUGCACGCACACAUGGACAUAUGGAAAUCAGCUGCCUGGAUGAAAGAGAGGUGCUCUGUUGGAGACACCAAAACUGCAGGCAACGAGGAUCUGUGGUCCGAGGCAGAUUCUUCUUGUUCGGGUCAACCUAUUCACCUGUGGCAAUUCCUCAGAGAGCUGCUGCUCAAACCCCACAACUAUGGACGCUGCAUACGCUGGCUCAAUAAAGAAAAAGGUAUUUUUAAAAUCGAAGACUCGGCUCAUGUGGCAAGACUGUGGGGUCUCAGAAAGAAUCGGCCUGCGAUGAACUAUGACAAACUGAGCCGUUCCAUUCGUCAGUACUACAAGAAAGGUAUCAUCCGGAAGCCUGACGUGUCUCAGAGACUGGUAUACCAGUUUGUUCACCCAGUAUGAGGCUUCACCAGACUGGAAGAGGAGGAGGGAGGUGGAAACCUACAACAUUAGAAUGAGACAUUAUAUCUCCAUGCACUUGACCACAUAUGAAAAGUGUCAUGGAACACGUGCACUGACUGACUCUAAUGGUACGAACUUCCACUUCCAGGGCUGAAAUAACAGCUGGCAGCUGCUGCAUGAAGACUUUUAUGUGCAGGGGAUGUGAGGAAAGACAAAACAUUGUAGCUGUGGUGACUCAUUUUUUUUCUUUUUUUUUUUCCGUCCUGCUGCAGAUUAAAAUAAACGAACUGCCUUGUCGUUUGCAUGAUCUGCCUGAUUAUUUUUCCAAAAUAUUAUUCAUAGUGUAACAAAAUUAUAGCUGAUUGCUUUUCCUGACAAGCUUCAGGUAGCCUCCCUGCAGCUACACUUGUUUUGUCCUUUUGCUUCACUCGUUUGCACUACUACAGUUGUGCUGCCAAACCUGUGCUUCCACAGGACCUGCCCAACUCUUUGUACUGUCUCUCAGAGGUACAGAGGAGAACACGCAAUGAAUUAGGAUCAGAAGGGAUAUCCUCAAACCCUUCUGCGGUUCAGAUAAUGCCACUUGUGUGUAUUUUUGUAUUCUAUGUGUAGUUUUGUAAAGAGUAAUACAUUUCCAGGUUUAUUUUUAAUCCAUCCAAUCCAUCAGCUCUAUAUAUGGUUGUAUGCUGCAUCACUAAAGUUUUCGACACAAAGGGCUAAAAAAAAUUACUAUGACAUGAAUAGUCAUAUAAAAACUGAUUAAAAAUAUUCAGUUAAAUUAUGGUGGAGCCUCACUAGCUUUGUCAGCUGCACAGAAGUUCAUCCUCCCUGGAGGAUUAAUUCUAAUUAAUUUGUUAUUUUGCUUUAGCUCAGAAGUUGUUGUGUUUCUGAUUGAGACGCAUCGAUUUUUGUUGGAUUAAUUGCCAGCUACACUGGUAUUGACACUGAUCACCCAAAUGGCCACGUGCUUCAAACGUUUGUAUCAAUGCCAGGUUACAAACCCUGUUGAACAUGAGUGUUAGCUGCAGAGCUAUGUGAAAUAAACUCCAUUAUCUUAAAGAGAAAAGAUAUUUCAGUCUACUGAACAGAAUCUUUCUCGAUUAUUCACUUUCAUGCUUGUGUAUUGUUAUAUUUCCUUUGCUUUGGGUUCCUCUAUUUUACACCAGUUUAUCCAUACCAGCUGUCUAUUUUCAUGUGGAAAGUAAUUGUCUGCCUGCACAAGGACACAUCAUGCAAGCUUCAAACAAGACAUAAUAAAAUAUUUUUAAAUGUAUCUGUGUGGUGUCACUGAGAGUUUGAACUGUAGAUGAAAUUAACCACAUUAUUUGUAAAAGUUGCCAUAAUGUCAUUAAUUUUCAAGUGUGCUCUUUUCUGCCUGAUGUCUUUCUAUCACACUGCAGCUUUCUUUUGUAGUUUAGUUCAGUUAGUAUUUAGUUCAACAGGCUGUAAAGUGUGAGGUGUGCAUUCCUAGGCUGUGAGUUAAAGAGUGAACAUCUGCCAAGAUAAUAUGGCUUUGAGGUAAACGGAGCAGGUUAAUCUAAAAAAAACAAUUGCUUCCAUUUUCUUUUGCUCAAUGAGUCAGAGGCAAACUUGUUUCUGGAUGUUCUGAUCUGACUGCCAAUGUUGCUGAGGGAAUUGUAAAUUAAAGAGAUUGUGUUACUGUAUAUUGGGAUGACAGACUUUCGGUGAUUACUGUGAUUAUUUAAGUACUUUAAGAAAUCAUAAUAAGGUGGAUAAAAUGGUAUGCUUCAGGGAGCAGAGCAAAAUUAAAUACAGCAAGAAUUUCUGCUUUUUCCACCUUCGUGAGCAUUUUCUAAAAAAUGAAAAAGAUCAACUCUGGAUUGAAAUAUAUUUUCAUUCUGAUGAAGGUGUAGCACUUUUUGAUUAUCAGGACUCUGCCAGCAAGUAAAAUAUGUACACUGUGUGUAUGAUCCCUGUCAAUGAGGAAAAGGAAAAUAAACAAA